UUCCAAAUGUUGUAAAUCUGGGUAUUGACACAGUUCCAAAUGUUGUAAAUCUGAGUAUUGACACAGUUCCUAAUGUUGUAAAUCUGGGUAUUGACACAAUUCCAAAUGUUGUAAAUCUGGGUACUGCCACAGUUCCAAAUGUUGUAAAUCUGAGUAUUGACACAGUUCCUAAUGUUGUAAAUCUGGGUAUUGCCACAGUUCCAAAUGUAAAUCUGAGUAUUGCCACAGUUCCUAAUGUUGUAAAUCUGGGAAACAACAAACGACCAACACCUGUGGAAUCAGGCCUAACAGAAACAGUGAGUUCAGUUCUCCGGGAAACUAAGAGUGGUGACUCGGUUCCCCGUUUCCGUGAAACAAAUACUCGAAACCCGAAAAACAACGUUAGAAGACUUCACUCCUUGUUGAGAUUUAAAUUAGCGGUUUCAACCAGCACUGGAUUGCCAACCUCGUCCCAAAGACGACUACUACGGACUAAUCAAUUCGUUUCUUCAAGUUCGUCACGUGAUUACCUUGACGAUCGAACUCGGAAAAGAAUACGACAUCGGUCAUCUCUACCCAGCCAUGAUUCUAUAUCUAAUCCUGCAGGUUUCGGUUUUCGUGGGAUAGGAUCUUCCAAGAUGAAGAACGCCCGAUCUUCCAGUUUAUCCUCAGUAUCAGCCCCACAAACAUUAGAAAAUAUUUCGCAUUGUUUUGGGUCAUCAGAAUGUGACACGUCAUGGAUGGCAUCAGUAACUAGGAACCACUCCUCCACCGACUUUCCUAAUGAAAUAAAUGAUGGCUCAGAAGAUAAAUAUGAAGAAGUUGAAAACGAAGAAUCAGACAGAGAUGAUAUUAACUGUAGAGCUUUCCCGAAAACGCAUCCUCAUGUUCCAAAAAACACAGUAGAAAAUGAAGUACCAGAAACAGCGAACGGAAGUGACAUCACGAUUGCUCCACAAGAGCCACCCAGUGAAAAUGAAGAUGAGAUGAUGCCGUUAUAUCUUAACCUGUUAGGUCCUGCCAGAGAAUGCUGGAAAAUUCACCAGAAACUUCGACAAGAAGGCCUAAAAGUACCCUUCAAAACGUUGAACAGGGCUUUACUGACUCCAACGGAGAUGCGGGAAUUAAACGAACUAAAAGAAGUUCAAACCACGUGA